UAAUCAUCAUUUUAUCUUAGUGUACGACCCACCACCGUCUUUACCGGGUAGCCCGUUCAAACUCAAAUCAAAACCGAAAUUCUAAGAAAUUUCCAUCUUCUCAUUUCCACAUCAAACAAAAUCAAAAUCUCAUUUCACUUCCUUCACAUCACACACGCGCCACCGUACUCCCCCGUCAGAAUAUUCCAGAACAGCAACAAUGGACAAGGCGGAGACCGGGCAAGAGCAGCAGCAAAAGACGAGAACGGAUCCAUCCACGGUUGUGGAUCCGAAUCUGAAAUCCACACCUGAUCCGAAUAAAGUUGAAGUUAUUAUUAAUCAUAAAGAUGAUUCAGCAGCGAUUGAUAAGAGCAGUAGUAAUGAUAGUGAAGCGGUUGGAUUGGAUCCUGAAGGUGAUCAUCAGUUAAAAGAACAAGGUCCGAGUCGAACUGGAUCGGGGAGAAAAUCGGUUCAUUGGAGCCCCGAACUAGUGACCGAAUCUCACGCUGCUUCUCUAAAUAAUAAUAAUGAUAGUAGCAAUGUUUUUAUUGAUGGAUCUAAUCCUUAUGUUUCUUCUUCUCCAGCUCCAGCUGCUUCGUUUUCGUUUAAAGAGACGAUGGGAUCGGUGAAGGAUGUGUUAGGAAGAUGGGGUAAAAAGGUUGGUGAAGCUAGUAAGAAGGCGGAGGAUCUCGCCGGAAACACGUGGCAGCACUUGAAAACAUCCCCUAGCUUUACAGAAGCUGCCCUAGGAAGAAUUGCUCAGGGAACAAAAGUUCUAGCAGAAGGUGGUUAUGAGAAAAUCUUUCAACAGACAUUUGAAACGGUUCCUGAGGAGCAACUCCAAAAUUCAUAUGCCUGCUACUUAUCCACAUCAGCUGGUCCAGUUAUGGGGAUUCUAUAUGUGUCUACAGCAAAGCUUGCAUUCUGUAGUGACAAUCCCCUGUCCUAUAAAUCUAGUGGCCAAACUGAAUGGAGCUAUUAUAAGGUGGUGAUCCCAUUGCAUCAGCUUAAAGCAGUGAAUCCUUCUUCUAGCAGAACAAAUACUGCUGAGAAAUACAUUCAGGUGAUCUCUAUUGACAAUCAUGAAUUUUGGUUCAUGGGUUUCUUAAACUAUGACGGCGCUGUGAAAUGUCUCCAGGACGGUUUGCAAGUUCCUAGUUUACAGUCUGUCUGAUACAUUUCAUUUUCUGCUGGAUUAAACUUUAGCAUCGUAUAUGAUCUUACCUUAGAACAAACCAUAAGUUAUUAACAUGCACCGUCUAGAUGUAAUAUGACAUGGGUGCCUGCUGCAAUUUUUUUGGCAAUUUUUCAAUCCUCUGGAAAUGGAAGUAGGUAAUUGUAGAGUUAUUGAACAUUUUUGGAACAGUUAGAAAAGAAAAUAUGUUUGAUGUUUAUGUACUCAAUUUAUAUUGGAGUACUUUUUAUGGUACAACUUAUAAGUCUACCUUAAUUAUGAUCAUUUUUUUCACA